AACAAGAAGAAAACAAUAGGAAUAAACAAAAAAAAAAACAUUGCCAGCCGUUAACUUCAACUUUCCUCCAACAAUUUUUAAUAUUCUAUCUAUUAUUGAUCCUUUCUGUAUGUACCCAUGUCAAGUUCUGUAGAAAACUCACGUACCAACAGCUCUGCCUACGUGACAAGGCGGCGUUUGGUGGAUUUAAUAGUAUCACAAGAUGGUAGAGAAAACAUGUCAAUAAAAAACCAGGCAGCUUUCUUGCGUAGAAGGGUACGACGAUACUUGCCGGGGAGUUUCUUGGGGAGACUGGUGUUUGUCAGUUUGAUGGUUAUGGCGUUUCUGACAAUGCUUUCCAAGGUUCAUUUGCUCAAUAACCUGCCAGCACUCUCAUCGGAGAGAGCUCAUUUCCUUGUUCAUCCAAUGGUUGAGGAUAACUCAGCUGUUCAUAAUAAUGUUAUCGAGGAAAAAUUUGGAGGCUUUGAUUCUAAGUGGAAAUCUCCUUCAACGUUGUCGAUAUCGAAUCCAGAACUUUGGAAGAAGCCCAACAGUGAUAACUUUUAUAAAUGCAUCAACCGAUCUAGAAGUGAAAAAAGAAUUGGAAAUGCGACAGAUGGCUACCUUUUAGUUCAUGCAAAUGGUGGAUUGAAUCAAAUGAAAAUUGGGAUAAGUGAUAUGGUUGCCAUAGCCAAAAUUAUAAACGCCACUUUGGUCCUUCCUUCUUUAGAUCAUGCUUCCUUUUGGACAGAUUCCAGUGAUUUUAAAGAUAUAUUUGAUUGGAAGCAUUUCAUGGAAGUAUUGAAAGAUGAUGUUGAAGUUGUGGAGUCUCUUCCAAAACAAGUUGCAUCACUAAAGCCAUUACAGAAACCUCCCAUCUCAUGGUCCAGGCCUAACUAUUACAGAACGGAUAUAGCUUCUUUACUGAAGAAGUAUAAGGUCAUCAAAUUUACACACUCCGACUCUCGCCUUGCUAACAAUGGCGUCGCUGCUUCGAUUCAAAGACUCCGUUGUCGCACAAUGUACAAGGCAUUGAGGUUCACAGGAAGAAUCGACGAGCUGGGAAGGAAGUUUGUUGAUAGGCUUAAAAGUAAUGGCGAACCAUUUAUAGCUCUUCAUUUAAGAUAUGAAAAGGACAUGCUUGCUUUUACAGGAUGUAGUCAUAAUCUUACCAAAGCUGAGGAUAAAGAACUGAAGAGAAUGAGGUUUAAAGUAAGGCAUUGGAAGGAAAAGAAUAUAAACGGUACUCAAAGAAGACUGGAAGGAUUAUGCCCUAUGACACCGAGAGAGAUUGCUGUAUUCCUUGAGACAAUGGGGUAUCCAUAUGAUACGAAAAUUUAUUUAGUUGCAGGAGAGAUUUAUGGGCGAAAUGGGAUCAAAGCACUUGAAGCAUUGUAUCCGAAUAUAUAUACUCAUUUCAUCCUAGGAACAGAGGAAGAACUGAAACCAUUCAAGAAUUGUCAGAAUCAACUUGCUGCAAUAGAUUAUAUUGUAGCAGUCGAAAGCAGCGUUUUUGUUUACAGCUAUGAUGGAAAUAUGGCCAAGGCAGUCACAGGCCACAGAAGAUUUGAAGGUUUUCGAAAAACCAUUAGCCCUGACAAAUAUAAUUUUGCAAGACUGAUCGAUCGUCUAGACAAUGGCAUGAUAUCUCAGGAUGAAUUCUCAGUGGAAGUCAGAAAUCUACAUAGCGACAGAAUUGGAGCUCCUCGCCGAAGGGUACCUGGAAAUUCCCCGAGACUGGAGGAAAACUUUUACGCAAACCCUUUCCCUGCCUGCAUUUGUGACAAAUCGAGACCAACCAUCUUGCAUAGAAUAAACUUGUUAAAAUAAGAAGAGUUCACCAUUUCAAAUAGGUGCUUAAGCUGCAAUACACUAACCUCUUGGCUGCAAUGGCCAAUCGAACUGUACAGAUGAUCAGAGGAUUUUUUUUGUGCUCUGCUACCUAGGUUUUGCAUCACUGGUGCAAUUGCUAGAUCACCAAAAUAUAUUACAAGUUGUAAAUUGAGAGUCCCUCACCCAGAAAAAUGAAAAAGCAUUGAAGUGCUAGAUCACCAAAAUACAAUUCUGUAUACAAUAUCCAUUUGCCUGUGAUUUUAUCUUAUAUUUCACAG